AUGGUCAACAAAUUCGUAAUUGCAGUAGCCGAAGAAAUGUGUCCCGAAAAGCUUCUGGCACCUGUCGUUUACGAAAGAAGUGGUCCAAGGGUCAAUCAGAAUCGGCUGUUGGAAUUUCGUGCCACCAUCCAGGAAUCCAAUCAAGUGGGCCAGGAAUUCCAAGUGAGGACCGCUACGUUGUGGCUGAAGGCUGAUUACCAGUCUCAGCACCAUCAUGGCGACCAACCGAAAUGUCGGACAACCGAUAUUUUCGUCUUCAAAGUCAUAUCGAGAGCCUUGCCGGAAUCCGUUACGCUCAGUUCGAGGCAAUUCGACCGACUGACUUCGGACCCCAUUUCCAUCACCUUAGAGGAGUCCCACAGCGGUUGGCAGAAAAUCGACCUGACGGACACCGUCAGACAAUGGUUAGCGGAGUCUAACAACGAAAAACUCCGGUUGUUCGUGGAUUGUAGUUGUUGUUCCAAUUGGAGAAUCCACUUAUUCAAUAAUGAACGAAGCAAAAGGACGAGCGUCAACAGGCCAUUUCUGGUCAUCCAUACGGAUCCUAGUACAGCGAAGAGGGUGCGACGAAGAGCAAUCGAUUGUUCCGAGGAUUCGGGGAAUCAAUGUUGCAAACAGAGAUUUUAUGUUAGUUUUAAGGCGCUUGGAUGGGAUGACUGGGUGAUAGCACCACAAGGGUACUAUGCUAAUUACUGUCGGGGAGAUUGCAGUCACCAUCGGACACCCGACACGUACGUCACGUACCACACGCACGUGAUCGAGGAAGUACGCAAGACGCAGCAUCUGUCAGGUAUGACGCCGUGUUGCGCACCACUUAAAUUUUCUAGCAUGAGUUUGAUCUAUUACGGACCUGACUCGACCAUAAUCAAAAGGGACUUACCUAAAAUGGUGGUGGACGAGUGCGGGUGUCCAUAAAGAAACAAACACGUGAACUUUGUUAAUAAUUUUUUGGAGGACUGAUUAAAGAAUUUAUUGUUCUUGAAGAGGGGCUGGCAAUAACGAAAAAGAUAUCAAUCUAUUUUUAUAAAAUAAGAAAUUAAUAAAUUUUUGAAUUGAAAAAUGACAUUUUGAAUGUCAAUUUUAAAUAAACUAAUAUGUUAUUCAUUUUUCUGAUGAAUUAAAGAUAUCAGAAAAAUUUAUUUCAAUUUUAUUUCUGCAGUCUAUAGGUAACUCUAAACGAUAAAUCCUAUUAUACUCUUUGUGACAUUUAAAUAUUGAUUAUGGCAAUGAAGAGUCUCUACAGAAGGUAUAUACAAUAAAAAUUAGGUGUUACAAAUGGCAUUAUAUUACCAAAUACUCUUAAUUGUUAAUAUUAGACUUAUAUCUAACAGUUUUCGAGAUAUUAGAUAUAGAUGGUGACCACUAAAAAACUUACAAUGAAUGAAUGUAUCUCGUGAACUAAAGAUGAUAUUAAAAAAUGUUUCAAACUACUUCUAGGAUAUAAGAGGUAAACCUAAAUGAAAAAAUACAGUACCUCAGCAUUAAGUGAAUAAACAGCAAUCCCCUACUUGUCAUACAUCAUUAGAAGACUACUAAAAAUGCUUCUUGAUGGUAUGAGUUAUACCCUAUACAUAUGAUAGUACAUAUUAUUUAAAAAUAUAUUUAAAACAAAGGGCCCGUCUAUUUGGGUCAUCAGCACUAAAUUCUUGCCAAAUUGAUAUUUUUUAUGGAUUUAAUUUUUAAAUUUCAAUUAAUUAUAAAUUAAACUUUUGGAUUGGUAAAAAAAUCCAAGAAUUUAUAAAAACGAGA